CCUCCUUCUCCCUCACUCCGCCUCUCCACAGACCUCCUUCCCAGGGCGAGCCUGCUGCUAAAGCUUCGCCUUUGCCAGUCCGGCUGCCACUUCACAGAGGGAAGGAGCUGGGACCACGUUGCCGACGCCCGUCUCCUGGAUCUGGGGAACACUUCCAGGCUCCAGCCGCCUUACCAGGGUCCACUCAGGGUCGCCAUGUGACCCAGCGCCCUGCUGCGUCCGCUUCUGCUCCCCCGUGAUGUGUGGCUCCGCGCUUCCUUUGCCUGAGUAAGCAGCCAGCUGCUCUCCGACCCUGUCAUCUGACAUGCUAGGCCUCGAUCACAUGUGGGUCCUGAACACCUGAUGUGUGGCUAGCACAAGCUACGACGCAGUUGAACCCUUGCCUGUGACAGUAUUGCCACCAUGGCCCCCAAAAAGAAGACUGUCAAAAAGAACAAAGCCGAAAUCAAUGAGAUGACGAUCAUCGUAGAAGACAGCCCCCUCAGCAAACUGAGCGCUCUGAAUGGGCUCCUGGAGGGGGGCAACGGCCUGAGCUGCCUCUCCUCAGAACUGGCUGACGCUUCCUAUGGCCCCAGCCUCCUGGACAGCCUGAGCAAAAUGCGGCAGGAGAGCUUCCUCUGCGACCUAGUCAUCGGCACCAAAACCAAGUCGUUUGACGUUCACAAGGCAGUGAUGGCUUCAUGCAGCGAGCACUUUUACAACAUCCUAAAACAAGACCCAUCGACUCGCAGGGUGGACCUCAACGACAUCGCCCCGCUAGGCCUGGCGACAGUCAUUGCGUAUGCCUACACAGGCAAGCUGACCCUGUCCCUGUACACCAUAGGAAGUGUCGUCUCUGCUGCGCUUUAUCUUCAGAUCCACACGCUCGUGAAGAUGUGCAGCGAUUUUCUGAUCCAGGAGAUCAAUGUCGAGAACUGUAUGUAUGUGGUUAACAUUGCAGAAACAUACUCUCUGAAAAGUGCAAAAGCAGCAGCCCAGAAAUUUAUCCGGGACAACUUCCUUGAAUUUGCAGAAUCAGAUCAAUUUAUGAAACUUACAUUUGAACAAAUUAAUGAACUUCUCAUAGAUGAUGAUUUACAGUUGCCUUCUGAGAUAGUAGCGUUCCAGAUCGCAAUGAGAUGGUUAGAAUUUGACCAAAAGAGAGUGAAAUAUGCUGCAGAUCUCUUGAGCAACAUUCGCUUUGGCACCAUCUCUGCCCAAGACCUGGUCAACUACGUUCAGUCUGUCCCGAGAAUGAUGCAAGAUGCUGACUGCCACAGACUCCUCGUGGACGCGAUGAACUACCACUUGCUCCCCUACCGUCAGAACACACUGCAGUCGAGGCGAACAAAGAUCCGCGGCGCCUGCCGGGUCCUGGUCACUGUGGGAGGGCGCCCAGGCCUUACGGAGAAAUCCCUAAGCAGAGACGUUUUGUACAGAGACCCUGAGAAUGGGUGGAGCAAGCUUACGGAGAUGCCCGCCAAGAGCUUUAACCAAUGUGUGGCUGUGAUGGAUGGAUUUCUUUACGUAGCUGGCGGUGAGGACCAGAACGACGCGAGAAACCAAGCCAAGCACGCAGUCAGCAGUUUCUGCAGGUAUGAUCCUCGCUUCAACAGCUGGCUGCACCUGGCCAGCAUGACCCAGAAGCGCACGCACUUCAGCCUCAGCGUGUUCGACGGGCUGCUCUACGCCGUGGGCGGCCGCAACGCCGAGGGCAGCCUGGCCUCGCUCGAGUGCUACGUGCCCUCCACCAACCAGUGGCAGCCCAAGGCGGGCCUGGAGGCGGCGCGCUGCUGCCACGCGAGCGCUGUGGCGGGUGGCCGCGUGCUGGUGACGGGCGGCUACGUGGGCGGCGCCUACACGCGCUCCGCGUGCGCCUACGACCCGGCGGGUGACGCGUGGCACGAGCUGCCCGGGCUGAGCACGCCGCGCGGCUGGCACUGCGCCGUGGCGCUGGGCGAGCGCGUGUACGUGAUGGGCGGCAGCCAGCUGGGGCCGCGCGGCGAGCGCGUGGACGUGCUGGGCGUCGAGUGCUACAGCGCCACCGCGCGCCAGUGGAGCCAGGUGGCGCCGCUGCCGGUGGGCGUGAGCACGGCGGGCGCCUCGCUGCUGCACGGCCGCGCCUACCUGCUGGGCGGCUGGAACGAGGGCGAGAAGAAGUACAAGAAGUGUGUGCAGUGCUUCAGCCCCGAGCUCAACGAGUGGACGGAGGACGAAGAGCUGCCCGAGGCCACCGUGGGCGUGUCGAGCUGCGCGCUGGCCAUGCCCCUCAGCGUGACGCGCGAGUCCCGCGCCAGCUCGGUGUCCUCGGUGCCCGUGAGCAUCUGACGGCCCCGCGGGGGAGCAGGGGCGGCGCUUGCCGCGAGGUCGCGCGUAGCUCUGGGGGUGCAUGAACUACCUCUUGCUCUUUCUUUCCCGAGCGACGUAGGGGCUCUGGCUGACCAGGGAAACAGCGUCCUGCAGCUGCCGCGAGGGGCAGGCACGCUUGCAAAGUGGCGCGAUUCUCAACAGCCCGGCGCUGACGCCCACAUUUGAGAUCUUUCUCCUGAUUUUACGAAGACACGUGAAGCUUCCGUGACUAAGCAGCUACUUGUGUUCAAAAGUUUAUUUCCCUUGCUUUUUAAUUUAGGAAUGUGAAACUAUUCACUUACUGUAAAAUGGCAAUUGUUCUGAUCCAUAAAGACUUAAUUCUGUAUUUGAACAGUUUUUUCCCUAUGCUCCACUGAAUAAAGAAUUCUGAAAGGCA